CUGUCUCCAGCAGUUGAACGGUGGUGCGAACUUCAUGGAUCCAGGUUUCCAACACAAGCUUGAGGUCAAGAAGGAGCUCAUCAGCCAAGCCAUCCAGAAGGAGCUGAAGAUGAAGGAGGGAGCGGAAAACUUGCGCCGGGUGACCACCGACAAGAAGAACCUGGUGCAUGUGGACAAUGUCUUGAAAUCUUCCAACCGCAAACUGGAGCGGCUGCACCGGGAACUCGAAGAGCUCAAUGCCCAGAUAAUGAAAGAGAAGGAGAAGAUAACAGAGGUCAACUUGUCCCCAGACCUUUGCCUCUGGGAAAGGAACCCGAAUCCCGCGGCAAGGAGAACAGAGGCUCUGAAGAAACAGCUUCACAUCGAGCUGAAGGUGAAACAGGGCGCAGAGAACAUGAUCCAGAUGUAUUCAAGCACCUCAAGGGAACGGAAGCUCCUGGCUGCUGCUCAGCAGAUGCUCCAGGACAGCAAGAUCAAGAUUGAGUUGAUCCGGAUGCAGAUUGUAAAGGCAUCUCAGUCUUCAGGGGGCGGGGAUUCAGCAGUGAGGAACGGAGGCACCAUCAGCCCGCUAGAUCUGCAUCUGGAGGAGCUGCGGCAUCGCCUGCGGAUUGAAGCUGCAGUGGCUGAAGGAGCCAAAAACGUGGUGAAGAUUCUGGGCAGCAGGCGGGUGCAGGACCGUAAAGUGUUGGCUGAGGCUCAGGCUUGCUUGCAGGAAUCCGCACAGAAAAUCGACCUGCUUCGCCUCUCGCUUGAGCAUCUUCUGGGUGAACUUUCUCCCGAUCAUCCCAAGAGGGCACUCAUCAAACAGGAGUUGGUGAACACAUUCUGUGUGGGGGCCCAGCAGGGCAGUGGGCCGCCACUGACCUCUUUCAUCAAGCCCACGGCCCUUACGGGGACCCUCGAAGUGCGCUUGAUGGGCUGCCAGGACCUUCUGGAAAGGGUUCCAGGCCGUACCCGGGUGGCCAGCUCGAUGCCCGUCUUCGGGAGCCCGGCUGAUUUGAAGCCCUUGACCCACACUUGGGCUGGCGUGAGCAUCCAUACCCGUGGGACUGCUACAAAACUUGUUCGGAAUGAGGAACUGGGCAGUGAAGUUCUUGCUGUGCUCAAGGUGGACAACAAAGUGGUUGGGCAUACCAACUGGGGACCAGCGAACAACCAAGCUUGGGAUCAAACCUUUAUUAUUGAAUUGGAUCGAUCCCGAGAGCUGGAGAUCUCAGUUUAUUGGCAUGACUGGAGAGAGCUGUGCGCAGUGAAAUACUUGCGCUUGGAUGACUUCCUCGAUAAUGAACGCCAUGGCAUGUGCCUCGCCCUUGAGCCUCAAGGGAUGCUCUUUGCAGAGGUAACAUUCAGCAACCCUGUGUUUGAGAGGCGUUCCAAGCUGCAGCGUCAGAAACGGAUUUUUCCCAAACAAAAAGGCAAAGAGUUCCUUCGAGCCUCUCAGAUGAAUAUCAGCAUUGCUACUUGGGGACGUCUAAUGAUGAGCAUCUUGCCACCUUGUAGCUCCCUGCCCACCCUGAGUCCCCCUGCUCGUGCCUCUGCGCGCCUGGGUCUCACGCCUGCAACCCCUGCUCAGGGCCAAACUGAACCAACGUCUGUAUUGGACGGGACUUUGGAAGAAAGAUCCCUCAGAAAUAUGUCUCCCAAAUCCAGUGGCGACCCAGUGGCUAAACUGACAUUCGAUGAGGAGCCGCCUCCGAAGCCGCCUCGCCUCUUCCUGAAGCCUUCUCCGAAAAAGCCGGAACAGACUCCUGUGGAUUCUUUGGACCGUCACAAGACUUCAUGCAACAAAAACCAGAGGGCAAUAGUCCAGACAUUUAAGGAAGUUAAGAAAAGAAAGGAGAUGAAAGCUACAGAUCCACCUUACAGCCAGUUCUUUGCGUUCACGCCCACUGGGUGCAUCUCACGUGCUCUGGAAAAGGUCGGCAGAUGA